CGUUAAGGUGUGUAUUGAGGUACGAUGUAAUGUACGUACAGCUUACUGUAUUUGAUGUAUUGACAUCCGAAUACAAUACCGUCCCACAUUUAGUGUUACCCCUGGCAAGAGUCACCGAGGGCUGCCCCACCAUGGCAACACAAGCCCCGAAAAUUACACCCCUCGGCCGCUGCAGACCACGACUCGACACCGGCACAAGCAAAUCACCGACCGAAAUCUACCGAUAUGGCCCUGAAUAGAAUCAACGGGGCCGAUGAACUCUAUGUCGGCGGCAUCUUCGGCGUCAACCGCGCCCAGUUCGUGCUCGACCACAACAUCUCCCACAUUUUGUCCGUCAUCAAGUUCUCGCUGGCCCGCGAGGACAACGCCUAUCGCCAUGUCCAGCACCUCAGCAUCGACAUCGACGACAUGGAAGACUCCGACAUCCUCGUGCACCUGCCCAAGAUGGUGCGCUUCAUCGACCGCGGGCUGCGCGGCACCGCUGCUGCGCCCAAGGAAUCGGACCCCAGCAGCAGCAGCAGCAGCAGCAGCAGCAGUGACAACAGCGCUCAACCGCCAUCCCCAGCAACAACCUCCUCCUCCUCCUCCCCACAAGCUCGGCAGCCCGGUGCCGUGCUCGUACACUGCGCCAUGGGCAAGUCCCGCUCCGUGACGGCGGUGAUCGCCUACCUGCUGUGGAAACACCCGCACCGCUUCGGCCGCUCCUCCUCCUCCUCCUCCUCCUCCUCCUCGACCGCCACCACCACUACCACCACCACCGCGCAGCACGCCGUGGCGCAGGCGCUGGCAUGGGUGCGGCAGACCCGCCCCGUGGCCGAGCCCAACGAUGGCUUCAUGCGCCAGCUCGAGCUGUGGUGCGACAUGGGCUGCCCCGCCGACAGCGACGACGCCGUCGAGCGCCACCCGGCCUACCAGCGGUGGGUGUACAAGCGAGAGGUGGAGGACGCCGCGCGCAUCGGGAGGGCGCCGGACUGGAUCCGUUUUGAGGAUGAGGAAGCAGCCAAAGAAGAUGAGGAGGGUGGUGAUGGUGGUGGUGAUGCGGGGAGGAAGGGGGAAAGGAGCGGGACGGAGCUGAGGUGCAAGAAAUGCCGGCGCGUGCUGGCUACGGGGCCGUUUAUUGUCCCGCACCAAGGGGGGAACGACAACGACAAGAACAAGAAUUGUCCGCAUUUCUUCGUGGAGGCGCUGUCGUGGAUGCGCCCCAUCUUGGAGGAAGGUGCGCUCGACGGCCGCCUGAUUUGCCCAAACGCCAAGUGCGCUGCGUCGAUAGGCCGCUAUGCGUGGCAGGGCUUCAAGUGCAGCUGCGGCGAGUGGGUCGCGCCUGCGUUCUCACUGCAGAGCAGCAAGGUGGAUAGGGUGGUUGUCGCCGGGCGGAGGCCGGGCGGUGGUGGUGCUGGAGCCAUUGCCGACCGGAUGGCGGCUCUCGGCAUCCGCAUGCCGCCGGGCUCCGUUGCGAGAUCCAAGGAAAACCUGUGACGCAGAAAAGGCAGGGCGGCGUAAAGAAUCGGUGACGUAGCGGGUGGCUCCGCCAGCAGCUACCGCCUUUGGCCUUGAGGGCAUUGUGUCAUCAAAGCUUCGGCAUCAAAGCUCUACCCAUCAGGAUUGCAA